ACAACGCCUUGCACUUCGUGUAUAUUAACGACCCUUACUGCUCUCGGAAACAGUAUGCCUGUUUAGGGAUGACAUAACAUAAACAUGAUAUGAGAGACUGUUUACAAGGGAACAUCACAGCCCCCAAAAAUGAAGGGUCUUUUCCUGGUCGAGCCGGUGAUUGCCUUGUACGCUUUCUCUAGUUUUCUCAUCUAUCCUCUUGUACAGCAGUAUGUGUACCGGAGGCUGUGGCAGCAGCUGACAAACACCACCUAUCCCAUUUCUGACAACACCUCCAGAUGUGCCACAAGCAAAAACAGCAGCGAGGGGCUUUACCAUGAGGAGGUUCAGAAGCAGGCAUCUCUCUUCUCCCUCUACACUGAGCUCUUCUCCACCAUCCCCUCUUUGGUCAUCACCCUCAUGCUUGUGGCGUACAGCGACCGCGGAGGACGCAAGAUCACAAUAAUCAUGCCUUUGAUCGGCACUUUGCUCUACACCUUGACCUUCCUGACGGUGUCCUUCUUUGAGCUCAAUGUUUACCUGCUCAUUGGCUCCUCGCUCCUCAGCUCUCUGUUUGGGGGUUUGGGCACGUUUCUGGGUGGCUGUUUCGCCUACAUAGCAGACCUGUGCGACGAUCAUCAACAGAAGACACUGCGCAUGGCUGGAGUGGACAUGAUGAUCGGCCUGUUGACUGGUCUGGCUUCAAUAUCUACAGGCUACUUCCUCAGAGCUGCUGGCUUUAACUGGCCUUUUGUAACCUCAGCAUUAUGUCAGUGUUUAGUCUUGUUUUAUGCAUUUUUUAUCCUGGAAGAGACUGUGAAGAAACCUCCUGUUGAUGCUGCCAAUGUACAUAGGUCUCCUCAGCCAUCAGCCUUGAAACAGAUGAUAUACGGGGUCUACCAGAUGUUUGCAGGGGCUAGCUGGAGGUGUAAAACUGUCCUGGUCCUGCUGAUACUUAUCUUCACUAGCUUCUCCUUUGCUUAUAUCGGGGGGAUCUCCAUGAUCACUCUUUAUGAGCUUAAUGAGCCACUUUGCUGGACUGAGAUUCUGAUUGGCUACGGCGCAGCGCUGUCCUCCACCGUGUUCCUUGCCAGUUUCGCAGGAGUGUCAGCGUUCACAUACUGCGGUGUUCCACAGCUGGUCAUUGUCCUGAUAGGGGUCCUGUCCGUUGUAUCAGGCAUGCUCCUGUUGGGGUUCACCAAGACCACUUUACUCAUGUUUUUAGUGAGGGUGCCAAUGCUCCUUGCUGUUGUUCCUUUCCCUGUCCUGCGCUCCAUGAUGUCAAAGAUCAUCUCAAAGUCUGAGCAGGGAGCCCUGUUUGCCUGUGUUUCCUUUCUGGAGAGUUUAACCAGCAAUGUAUCAGUGGCAGUUUUCAACAGUAUAUAUGCUGCUACGGUAUCAUGGUACCCAGGUUUUAUCUUCCUAUUGUCUGCAGGGCUGUGCGUCAUCCCUAUAUUUUUUAUUGGGGUGGUUGGGUUCAUAGGAGUGGAUGUCCCCGUUGAGGAUAAGAAGGAGCCUGUCUCAGUGGAGGAAAACCCUAAUGAAGUUCUCGAUGAACACAGUCCUCUUCUAAGCUAAGCAGCACAGACCUCCAACACCUCACCGGCACUUUAUAAGGUUUUUAAAUCCUCUUUUGGCUUUUGUUACUUUGCCGAAAAGUAUCUCUGUUUUCUUUUCACAAGUUUAAGAUGCAGACUCAUCUUUGGUCUUGUUGCUCAGGAUGUUUUUCUUUUGAAGUUGAUUGAUAUUAAAAUACAAAGGGAGUACAUUUUUAAAAGGAUGUUGUUGCAUUAGACAAAUAGAAUGCAAAGCAUAUCAAUGAAUGGAUUUCAGAGGUGUGCAUCAAAUCAAUAAACUGUUCUGAAUAGUGUGUGAGAUUUGCUGGGAAUUCCUUAUGCCUUUAAGUGGCCUGUCUGUGAUUUACAAAUGAAUUUGAAAGGAAUUCAUGUAUUUUCACACAUUUUUGUGUGCAACUAUGUUUUGCAGUUUCAGCAGUGGAAAUGGAGUCAGUUUUGCCAGACACUGGUUCUUUUUUGUACUCUUUUGUCUUCAAUGCCAUGUCAGGAAAGACUUUAAACUAGCCCUAAUGGCUCAUCUUCUAAGCAGUAAUUUCAAGCAAUACCCUAACAUUGUAUGCUUUUAUUGAGAUUCCAUGUGUCAAACAAUUUUAAGGGUAUGCAUUUUUUUACAAAUUUCAAAUCACCAAAAAUAAGCAAGUACCGCAGUGUGUAUGUGAAUUUAUGCUACAUUUGUUAGCCUUACACAAACAGUGAAUAAAGUUAUCCCCCGAGUGAGGAAAUAGGUUUAAAAAGAACCAAGCAGUGCUCUAUUAGAAACAUUUUUAUAGUUGGCCUGCCCUCUGAGCUGAUUUUGUUCUGACCUAAGGAAUCAUAAUAAAGGAAGAACACAAACAAGAUUCCUAUGAUGGAAAAAGCACACAUAAUUCUAAGAUAAGGAUUAAACAUUUUAAAUGCAAACUUUAACUUGCAUUUGUUAAUAAAGAAUAUAGAUAAGGAACAUCUGGGAUCAAAAUAACAUUUUUGAGUUUGUAUUUCAUAUGAAGGAGGGGGGUCAUGUUGCACCUAAAAAAUUAAACAUAAUAGACACUGUAUGAAGUGUUUUGUGACUUUCUUUUUGCAAGUUGUCUUACCUUUACUCGACCACAAUAAUGCAGUUAAAUGUUCUGUAACCACAAAGGUUUCGCUUUAAAUUGCUAUCUCAUGGAAGAUACUUUUUGUUUCCUUUUUAAGAUUGCCAGAGUCAAAUGAAUGAAUAAAUUUGCAACAUGCUUGGUUUUGACAUAUGAGUCCUUUUCUUCUGUCGUUUUUGUCACGUCUUUGUACAAGCACUUAAAAAAUAAAACAAAAGAAUUUAAGUGAAAAAGUUUGGUUUGGGAUAUCUGGUGACUCUUUCUUACAUUGACUCAAACAACCAACCAAUCAGCAAUAACUUUUUAAAUUUUUAUUAGAAGCUGAACAUGCUCUGUCACUUUAAAUUUGAAUGAAUGAUUGGUCAGGCUGCUUUCGAAAACUACUGUGAAUGUGAUUAGAAAUAUUGGCUUGGACCUGUAUUUUUCAAGAAUCAGCUGUUUUUCCAGGGAACCUUUAUCCUCACAGGAAGGCUACUUACUGAUCAGACAUCCAGCCUGCAAAGAUAUGCAAACAAUCCCACCAUUUCCAACAAUAAUUUAGUAAUUUAAGCAUGAUGGGAAAAUUAAAUUAAAAUUACUAUUUUAAUGUUAGGUAAGAUUUAACAAAUAUUUCUCAAUGUUUUAACCCUGCUCUAAAAUCAUUAACAAUUGUUCAGCUGUGCUCUAUAGUAUUGUUCUGCAUUGCUGUAUAUUAUUGUAGAAUCAAUGUUUCUGUUAUCAGCUGUCUCCUGCUUUACUAUCUAACUAUCUUUAUUUCAUUUCUGAGUAUUUAACAACUUUUGCUUAUUUUCACAUGUUGUGUGCUCUUUCAGAUGUGUUAGGACCUUGUCUCUUAUUUAUUAGAGUGUAAAAACAACAGCUCUAAAGUGUUAAAGGACAAUUUAUUGAAACUUCCUUGAUCCAAACUCCUUUAAUCCAGGGGUGUCCACUAC